UUUGGCUAUUAUUAUUUCUUGUCGGUCGCGGUUGCGUGGACAUCGCGGGUGGUAGAGUGGUGCGGCGGGCAGUGAUUCAAGUUUCCACUUAACAUAUUAGUGCGUUUUCCCACCCCAGGGGAAAAGACCGGUUCGUAGCUCCACGCAGCGGUGCGUGAGUCACGGGUGCUUCGGAUUAGUCAUUCGGUUGCUUCUUUUCUAUGUGAUUGGCGUUCGUCGCGCUCAAAGUCGGCCCUACGAUGUUCAGCUGGUUGAAGCGGGAACCGAAAACGGAGGAGGUGGUAGAGAAUGUGUUGGGUGAAUUGAAGAAAAUCUAUCGCAGCAAGCUGCUGCCACUGGAAGAACACUACAGCUUCCAUGACUUCCACUCGCCCAAGCUGGAAGAUUCGGACUUCGACGCGAAACCGAUGAUCCUGCUGGUCGGCCAGUACUCGACCGGCAAAACCACCUUCAUCCGGUACCUGCUGGAGCGCGAUUUCCCGGGCAUCCGGAUUGGACCGGAACCGACGACCGAUCGGUUCAUCGCAGUCAUGCACGACGACAAGGAGGGCAUAAUACCGGGCAACGCGCUCGUGGUUGAUCCGAAGAAACAGUUUCGCCCGCUGGAAAAGUACGGGAACUCUUUUCUCAACCGGUUCCAGUGCUCGACCGUUCCAUCGCCGGUGCUGCGGGCCAUAUCGAUCGUCGACACGCCCGGUAUCCUUUCCGGUGAGAAGCAACGCGUGGACCGGGGAUACGAUUUUACCGGUGUGCUGGAGUGGUUCGCCGAACGUGUCGAUCGCAUAAUCCUGCUGUUCGAUGCGCACAAGCUGGACAUUUCGGAUGAGUUCCGGCGCUCGAUUGAGGCGCUACGCGGGCACGACGACAAAAUUCGGAUCGUGCUGAACAAGGCGGACAUGAUCGACCACCAGCAGCUCAUGCGUGUGUACGGCGCGCUCAUGUGGUCUCUGGGCAAGGUGCUGCAGACGCCCGAGGUGGCCCGCGUCUACAUUGGUUCCUUCUGGGACCAACCGCUGCGCUACGACGUCAACCGGCGGCUGUUCGAGGACGAGGAGCAGGACCUGUUUCGCGAUCUGCAGUCGCUUCCCCGCAACGCGGCCUUGCGGAAAUUGAACGAUCUCAUCAAGCGAGCCCGGCUGGCGAAGGUGCACGCGUACCUCAUCUCGGAGCUGCGCAAGGAGAUGCCCCAGAUCUUCGGCAAGGACAGCAAGAAGAAGGAAUUGAUCAAAAACUUGGGCAGCAUCUACGAUCGGGUUUGCCGGGAGCAUCAGGUGUCCAUCGGCGAUCUGCCGGACAUUAAAAAGAUGCAGGAGGUGCUCGCGAACCAGGACUUUACGAAGUUCCACUCGCUCAAGAUGCCGCUAGUGGAUGUAGUCGAUCGGAUGUUGGCGAUCGAUAUUUCCCGGCUAAUGGGUAUGAUCCCACAGGAGGAGAUGAACCUCGUCUCGGAACCGCUCGUCAAAGGUGGCGCUUUCGACGGAGUGGAGGAUGUCAUCUCGCCGUUCGGCUACCGGAAGGGCGAAGGAAUCGACGCCGGGUACGGCGAGGUGGACUGGAUUUGCAAUCGCGAUCGGGCCCGCACCGAUCCCAUGUUCGAGUCGCUGCAGCCGGUGGAUGGAAAGAUUUCCGGUGCUGCUGCCAAGUCGCAGCUGAUCAAAUCGAAGCUGCCGAACAACGUGCUGAGCAAGAUUUGGAAACUUUCCGACUACGACCAGGACGGGUUCCUGGACAUCGAGGAGUUCGCACUGGCGAUGCAUUUAAUCAACGUCAAAAUGGAUGGCAACGAACUGCCGAUCGCCCUGCCGCCCCAUCUGGUGCCACCGUCCAAACGGCGCUCGGACUAGGAUCACGGCAACACCUCUCUCAGUGCGUGGCGGCGGGCCUACGGUUUCCUUCAACUUUUCCUUCCCUUAAUUCCUUUAUCUAUCCCUCUCUCUCUCUCUCUUCCCCCGACGUCGGAAGGGAGCUCGCGCAAUCACGCAAUCAAUUCGGGUUGUGUAUCAUCUUCUGCUUAUCGUUUCACCUUCCGCUUCUGACCGGCCGACUUUGGUGUGUGUGUGUGUGGCUCCCGGGUGCCAGUCGGCAUGCCGCACCAUCACGUUGUCCAUUGCCACAUCCGGCCCGGGAUGGGGCAGGGGGCCUGUUUUGCUUUCCGGCCUUCACCACCAACUGUCAGCCACCUAGCCAGCCACGGUUGAACUUUCGGUUCCGGCAAUUGCGGAAGCACCGCACAUCCGGCAAAAAAUAAAAACGAAACCCUCCAACGAGAAGGCCCUUCUCGUCGAGAGCUACAAGAAGAAGGCAAAAGAAAACGAAAAGAAACAACAAAAACCAAUUGCAAAAGAUGUGAGCAAACUUUCGCAACUACGAUGGACACAAUACAGCCUCAUUUAUCUUGCGCCUUAGAAUGGUAACUUAUUUAUAUUUAGUUAGCGAAACAAUGCGUGUCCAGGAAAGUGUGGACCGGAACGGUGGGCGGAACGUAACGACUGUACCGUGCUUUCGCAACACACAAAUAGAAUGGAAACGGAAGCGAAAAGAAUGCCCCCCGACACGAAUCGGAAACAACGACGACGACGGAAGCGGUCGCCUCAUUAUGGAGGAAUAUUUCAAUUAUCCUUUUACGUCGUUAUUAUGAACUUUCACCACAGUCAUCGGCUGGUGGCCCUUGCUUCACUCCAAUGCCUAUUUAUUACGUUUCAUGGGACAAACACGCACCGGUUACCGGUAGAUGCAAUAUUAGUAAAGGCACCGGACACACCCCAUUCGGUGGCCAGCUUUUCGGCCGCGUUUCUCGUGAGCACACUCAACGAACAGGAGUAGACAGACGAAGCAAAUCAUUAGGAGACCCUUUUAAAAUUGCCUUCCGGUUCGGUUGUUGAUGAAGGUUGACGUAGAGAUUGAUUUCUAUGGAUGAUGAAUCCAAUACACGGCAACAGAACGCCAAUCAUCUCAUAGUCUCGCUGGAGCCACGUCUGAUCGCGUGAACUUCAGUUGCAUUGAUUUGCAGCACAAGAACCGAGGACUUUUGUCAUUCAUGUGUUAUUCCAAGUUUUGAAUAUUUCUUCUUCUUUCACCGUCCGGCUUCGAUCCGGAGCACCGGUUGUGGGUUGGUUAAUUUUUCAAUAAACCACUUACCCGGUUGCCAUUUGCUUGUCACUGUGCGAGGCCACUCAGUUGCCCUGUAACGUUUACGAUGGUGCAUACCGCAACGAGCGCGCGCGCGGCCUGGAGUGGACUUUGGGAUUCAAGAUAGUUUUGCAUUUCCUGCCCUGUCUCUGCUGCCGCCGGCGCUUUCGCCGGCAUUUGGCCAUCGCAUCGUUCUGCAUAUUUUAUGCACCUUACCGUGCGCACGGAAUACGGCAUAAUAAGUAACGAAAUGCUAACAAGAGAGAGAGAUGACCCAUCUUGCGCUUCAAACGCUUCCAUCCGCUGGUCAGUUGGCCGUUGUCACCACUCGGCAUAACUAUCUGGGCGCGCGUGGUGUGCGCCGUGUGGCCCACACCUUCCGGUCUCCGGCACAACUCCGGCGGUCGGGUAAGGUCGAUAAGUGAAUAAUUUAUGAGCCCAAUGGCCAUGGUGUUCACUUGCCGUCACGGCAAGUCUCCGUCUCUGAGUGUUGAAGCGGGUGUUUAUGGCAACGGAAGGUACAACGGCUGCUGCUGCUGCUGUUCCGGCUCGUUCAUAGCUCCAAUAAUUGAGUGCUGAACGGAAGAAAAAUGAAUGUCCUCGGUGGGCGAGGUUGCAGGAGCGAGUUGUGUUGAAUCGCUGCAGUUUGUUUUGGGCAGCCGUGCGCGAUGACCUUAAGACCUUAAGAAAUCCGGUUACUCCUCUGUCCUAGCUCGGUCUGUAGCUGGACAACAAUCCGUUCCGUGUAUCGAUCGUGCCGUGCCACGGUUUAAUUAUCCUUCUCAUGCCUACAUGCUUGCGGCGCUCCCACCUCCUCCUGCCAAAUGAUUUCAAAUCGAUACGACGACGACGGACGACGCACGGUAUACGCUAUCCGCAAUCACUGCUAUAGGGAGAUACGAUAGGUUUUAGUGGCUACGCUUUGUUGUUGUCCCUUUUGUUUUCCACUAUUUAAGGACCCGGGACCGGAGGCACCGGAAACGAACAAGCAAUUCAUCGCUAAUUUAGAGCUAAUUUAAAGCAUUUACUACGCGCACCGCUCGCUCGGUCCGUUGUUAUUAGUGUGUCGUUUUGUUAUGGGACCUUUUUGCGCGACAGAGCACAGAGAGAGAUAGAGAAAAGGGGGUAAAAUUAAUCAUAAUGCACGCAAGGCCGGCCCGCGGACAAGCUCUCCCAAGGUGGUCGCUUACUUAGGACUUUCGGAUUCUAGACGCUCGCAGAAAGUGGAAAUAGUGGACGCGUUACGCAUAAAUCAUAUACACAGACACAGAAAUACAUAUAUUUACAACGGCAUGGCAUUAGCCCUUUUGAUGGUAUUUGUAUAGUAGGUCACGAAAAAACAAACGAAAUGCGAGAGACAAAGAAAUAAACCGCAGCAAACGAAACAUAUGUGAUGAAAAGCAGCAUGAUGUGGAGCAGACUUUCGUGUCCAUCGGCGAACCGGUUGUCUUCUGUUUUGCGCAAGGGUCGCCCGCAAGGAAGUCUCGUGGCCGCCCGGGCCGCAAGCACGUUGAAGCCAGAAAUCGGGGUGGCCAACGCCUAGGGCAAAAAUGGUUACGACAAGAACCCUCCCGAAACCACCCGGUGACCCGUUUGACGCAAAGCCGUGGGCAUCGCUAGGAAGAGUGUCCGCGCCAAAGUUCGCAACCGGGGGCGCGCGUGUUGUGUGUGUGUGUUGACGAUAAGCAAAUGUUGUAAAAAGAAA